AUGUAUAGCCAUGGCACCUGCCAGUUCCGAGGCCCCAUUAUCAAGCACCAACACCUGAGCAGUACCCUCUCCAGCUGGGCCCUGGGCCAGGGGCCCGUGUGGAAGAUGGACUCUCAGGUGGAGCUGCCGAAUCUCUAUCUGGUGAAGCUCUACAUGUAUGACCUGUCCAAGGGCCUGGCCCGGCGACUCAGCCCCAUCAUGCUGGGAAAACAACUGGAAGGCAUCUGGCAUACCUCCAUAGUUGUGUACAAGGAUGAGUCCUUCUUUGGCAGUGGUGGGAUCUCCAGCUGCCUGCUGGGAGGGACAUUGCUUGGGCCCCCAGACUCUGUGGUUGAUGUGGGCAUCACAGAAGUCACAGAAGAAAUCUUUCUGGAGUACCUGUCCUCCCUGGGGGAGUCUCUGUUUCGAGGUGAGGCCUACAACCUCUUUGAACACAACUGUAACACCUUCAGCAACGAAGUGGCACAGUUCCUGAUGGGGCGGAAGAUCCCUUCUUAUAUCACUGACCUGCCCUCUAAAGUUCUCUCCAUGCCCUUCAGACAGGUGCUUCAGCCCCUCCUGGACUCCAUCCAGAUCCAGCAUCCUGGGGGGAGCACCGUGGGCAGACCCAACGGCCAGAGCUAACAAGACCACAUGGGACCACCCUGCCUCACCAGGGCUUUUCCUCUUUAAACAAAACAAACCCUACCAGAUUUCUAUUUUAUAAUUUUACGUCAGAGCUAACAACCAGGGGACGGCUUUUUAAAUAUCCCAGGGAAGGAGAUCACCAGGCUGCACAUGGGACAAUGCUGCUAAGGAACAGAGCAAAAUGCCACCCCUUCCAAUAGUAUUACACUAAUUUAUUAAGGCUGUCUUGUCUGUGAGUUCACUUUUGACACUGUUUCCUAAGCGUCCUCCACACUGGAGAA